CCUUGAAUUUCCUGGGCCAUUGAAGGCUCCAACUGGCCAUGAAUGAUGAAUCAAUCGCCCUCCGCGAGAGGGAGAGUGAGAGAGACGAAGCAAACAAAUCAUCAAAUCUCUCUGCUUCAGAAUGGCAGGAAUUAACUGCUGCUUCUCUUCAACGCUCUCUUCCCGGAGCAAUUUGGGGGCUUCUUGGUUGGUACUUGAAAGCCAUCGAGGACAGGCCACAGCAGGGAAGCAACCUUGCCGGAGAAUUUUGAAAAUCAAAGCAGAAGUGGAUUAUGUAAGCGCCGAGGAAGCUAAGAACCUUAUAGCAGCCGAGGGAUAUGCAAUUCUUGAUGUGAGAGACAAAAAACAAUAUGAUCGGGCACAUAUAAAAUCAUGCUACCAUGUUCCCCUAUUUAUAGAGAACCAGGACAAUGACUUUGGCACAGUGAUAAAGAGGACAGUACACAAUAAUUUUGCGGGCUUGUUCUUUGGCUUGCCGUUCACUAAACUCAACCCUGAUUUUGUGCAAUCCGUGAAGAGCCAGUUUCCACCAGAAACUAAAGUCUUGCUCGUCUGUCAGGAAGGACUGAGGUCAACAGCUGCUGCUAGAAAGCUAGAGGAAGCUGGUUUCCAGAACAUAGCAUGCGUAACAUCAGGGCUUCAGUCAGUAAAACCAGGCCUAUUUGACUCUGUUGGUUCCACAGAGUUGCAAGAUGCAGGCAAGGCUGGCUUGGUCACAAUUCAAGGCAAGAUCUCAGCUGUACUUGGGACUGCACUUAUCUGUGCAUAUCUUUUCAUAACCUUCUUCCCUGAGCAAGCAGAGAAGCUGCUCCAGAUGGCCCCUGCAAGCUAAGCCCUUAAUUAGGUGAUGAAUCCCCAAAUUUUGCAGUGUUUCUGUUUGUUUUUAUCAUCUGAUCUGAUUUGAGGAAUUGAAAGUUGAGGGCAUUUACAGAAAAGAUUUGUGUUCUCAAGGGAAGAAAAGCACUCAUGGCAUUAAGUCAAUCUAUUAGUUCAUUUCUCUUCA